AUGGAUGAGAAACAUGUAAAUGAUCGAGGAAUGAGCAUUUUAGUCACAGCUCUUUUCAUUGUUGGCGAGACUGCUGGCGGGGGACUUAUUGCAUUGCCAACUGCAAUUUUAAGCACAGGUAGGUUCUCCUAUUUUUCACGUCAUUUCAUCAUUUUUUUUUAUUCAAGGUGCUGUUAUGGGUGUAUUUCUCCUAAUUUCAAUGGGCGUGAUUUGUACUUACACUGGAAUUUUACUCGCUGAAAAUUGGACAAUACUUCAAGAGCUUUACCCAGAGUAGGUCCUUAGCCAGUAAUCGAAAACAAAACAAAUUUCUUUUUCAGAUAUCGCGAUCAUUGUCGAAAACCCUAUCCAGCCAUGGGUCUUAGAGCUAUUGGCCCAAAGUUUUCGCAUUUUGUUUCAAUAAUAUUGCAAGUAACACAGUUUGGAACUGCAGUGGUUUUUGUAUUACUCGCAGCAAAAAAUGGCGAGAACAUUUUACAUGCCAAUUUUCAAACGCAUAUUGGAUUCUGCUAUAUGAUUUUUAUAGUCGGCCUACUGGUUUUCCCAUUUACACUUCCCAAAUCUCCCAAAGAUUUCUGGUUUGCUGUUGUUGCCGCAAUGAUAACCACUACUUUAUCAGUUAUUUUGAUAAUUGUUGGAGCGAUUGGAGAUUUCGAAACAUGUAGCAAGGAUGUAUUUUAUCCAACUUUCGAUCUAACAAAAACUUUAAUGUCAUUUGGAACAAUUAUGUUUUCUUAUGGUGGACAUUGUGCGUUUCCCACGAUUCAACACGAUAUGAAAAAACCGCAUCAUUUUGGAAAAAGUGUAUCGAUAGCUUUCCUUAUUAUUUUCUCAUUUUAUCUUCCAGUUAGCUUGUCGGGUUAUUUUGUAUACGGAAGUUCGUUGACCGAUACUAUUAUUCCAUCUUUGCAAGUGAGUUAUGAAGUGUAAACAAUGUUCUCAAAAAAUGUUCGAGCUACAGUAGUUUUGAAAAAUUCGCGGAUCAAAUUUUAGAAUUUGACAAGGUUUUCUCAACCCAAGAAAAAUACCAAGAAAUGAUAAAGAAUUUGUUGCAGAACAUUGCUAUACAAACAACUGUCAACUUACUUAUCACUUUACACGUUGCAUUGGCAUUGACCAUCGUUUUCAAUCCGUUGAAUCAGGAAUUCGAGGAAUUAUUGAAUUUGUCGCACGGUUUGUUUUAAACAUGGUUUUUGUAAGGAUUGUUUGAAUGACCGGUUUUGGCUUGUUAGGAUUCUAAACAUUCAUAUAUAAAUUUUAAUCGCAGAUUUCGGUUGGCAACGCGUAUUCUCACGAGCUUCAAUGAUGUUAUCAGUGGUUUUCGUGGCCGCCUCGAUUCCAAAUUUUGGUGUACUUCUAGAUCUUGUAGGUGGAUCUACAGUCACUUUAAUGGCUUUAGUUCUCCCGAUUUUGUUCAAUUUUUCAUUGACAACAAUCCGAAAAAAGCGGGAAGAGAAGAAGGAUGAAAAAAAUGACAAAAUUUCUAUGAAGGAUAUUUUUGAAGCAUCGAAUAAAUCCAAGUUUGCACUCAAUAUUUUUAUUUUAGGUCAGUUCUUUUCUAUCAAAAUCUAUUUUCGCAUAAAUUUCAUUUUUCUUCAAAAAUUCGACCAAUUUUUGCAGUAAUCGCAAUAAUCGGCGGAAUUGCUGCAACAAUGUCAGCGAUUCAAACAAUGCUUCAUUCGGAAUUUAGUGCUCCUUGUUAUGCUAACUAUUUGAUCUCAAAGUCUUCUGAAAUAGCUCAAAAUCCUAGCCUAUCAAAUCAUGGAAAAAUUGCUUGUUGUGGACAAUUCCGAAAUAUCUCAUCAGUUUUUGGUUCUGAUGUUUGUUUGGGAAAUUUAUAUCGAUCUACUUUGUCUCAUGGAUAA